GCCAAAGGGGAGGAGACAGUAUGCAGUCAUACGUCAGUGGAAUUAGAGCUUCACCUGCAUCAGGUCGCGUCGAAGCGCCGCCAUGAGCGGUGACACUCCCCGGCGCUUCGCCGCCAACCCAUUUGGCACAAAGGACAUCAUCCCGGCCGCGCCACCAUUGCCAACGACUCGACCGCUGCAGAGAGCACGCGAUGCAGCGACGAGGUUCUUCGGGUACCAGUCCCGAGCGGCCAGCCCACAGAGCAGUCCGGAGGAAGAACGGUAUCUGAAUCGAGGCAAAUCGCGGCUGGCUUCGCUCGGUGCCUCCCAAAACGCCACCGCGAGCCACAAGACGGGUCUGGAGAUCAACACUCUGGCCAUUAACGAGAAAGGCACGCAUGCUCUCAUCGGCGGCAAGGAGAUCUUCAAGACUAUCAGGAUUGAGAAUGGUGUGUGUGCGGAGGAGAUCAACCUGCGCAGCGUCAUUCGGAGUAACCCUACGCAUGCUUCUGGCAAGGCGCGCCAUGCUUACACCAUCGACAUUGCCGACGUGGCCUGGGCGAAGGGCGACUGCGGUGACUAUGUUGCUGCCGCGACCUCGAGCGGAAAGAUCAUCUUGUAUGAUUUGGGACGGGCUGGGCUCCAGGCUGCACAGCUCCAUGAACAUUUCCGCCAAGUGCACAAAGUGACAUUCAAUCCGCAUCGCGGCAAUCUGUUGCUUUCCGGAAGCCAAGAUGGUACUGUCAGGUUAUGGGAUGUGCGCGAUGUUAGAUCGGCUAGUACGCUGCAAAGCAAACGAAAGUACCCCGGUCUGAGCGAUGGAGUGCGGGAUGUAAAGUGGUCUCCGACAGAAGGAGUCGAUUUCGCCUUUGGCACCGACAGCGGAUGGGUGCAGCGGUGGGAUAUGCGCAACUUGAAGACGGCGAAAGUCAAGAUUCCGGCGCACAGCGAGACAUGCAACGCGAUCGAUUGGCACCCUGACGGGAAACACAUUGUCAGCGCGAGCUCCGACAAGACCGUGCGUGUCUGGGACUUCUCGGCAAAUCGGAGGCAAAAGGCAAGCUGGGAAAUCAAAACGCCAUAUCGUGUGACGAACGCCCGGUGGCGGCCGUCUUGUGAAUCGUCGUCGUCGUUCACCGGCGAUGGCGCCGGCACACGGAUGUGCACACAACUCGUCACCUCUUACGAGGAAGAUCGGUCGAGCCUUCAUAUCUGGGACUUCCGCCGCCCAGCACUACCAUUCCGAGAAUUGCAUCCGUACAUGUCGGCACCGACGGAUCUACUGUGGCAUUCGCAAGAUCUGCUGUGGACUGUCGGCCGCGAGGGCGUCUUUUUGCAGUCCGACAUCCAGCACACACCCAAAACUAUCGACAAGCGAAAUCUCCAGGCUUUCGCUCUUUCACCACUCGGCGACAUCAGCUUCGCUACGCAGAAACGAGCACGCAACCACACCAUGCCCCACCGGCAUCGCGGCAGCAAACCUACCUUGACUUCUCAAGACAGCAGCCGUGGCGGCAGCCCCCAGCGUGAUGCUGUGCUCGCCCGUAGCUGGGAAGACGACGGACGCGACCACUCGUUCCUGAACGCUGCGCCUAGCCGGCCGGAGACUUUGCGAUCCCCCAGCAUAUCGCGUACACCAUCGCUGGCCGUUUCUCCCGUGGGAGAGGCCACUCGAACGAUGGACUUGGAUGAUGCAUUGGCCGAUCGAGAUUCUCUUCGACCCCGUCAGAUUGCGGUGUCCGGCCCAGCGCCUCUUCAUCCGGAUCCAAACGUCUUUCCCUUCUUGGCGAGCAAUUACAAGCUUGACUUCAGCUCUCUUCGCGAUGAUGAUGACUUUUUGGGAUCGUUUGACAAAUACAUGGAGCAUAAUGCGGCUUGCGCAUACGCUGCCGGGCUCUAUCGGACGGCGCAAACGUGGAGGAUCGUCAGUGGCAUGAUGGCGAACCAUCUCAAGAAAAGAGCGGAACUCAAGCAUACGCGGCGAUUGCUCAACAAGCCUGCUGCCGGAAACUCUACCAGGAAAUUGACACUGGUCGAGAUGUCGAGGAGCUUGUUCGCAGAUGUGAUGAAGUCACCCGCGUCAUCGCCGGUUUCCCUGAGGCCCGUGUCUACCAUCACACAGCAACUCGCGCAGUCGGACGUCGCUUCUGACCAGCGUACGCCUGUUGUCCGUCCAGUCAACUUCGAUGCCCCUUCCUCUCGUCUCAAUGCUGAAGUCUCGCUCGACUCGGGCACCGACGCCAUCUUGACGGUCAAUCCACCCACCGACAACACUCAGGCGAAUGGCCAGGACAAAGAGCAUCUGACAAUCACCAACCUCGAUGGCUUACAACAGCUCCAGCAAACUGCACCUGUCGUGGACAGGAAUGCAAUGGUCAGGCGCUGGAGCGUGCAGCCAAAAGAGCCUCUAAACUUGGACCCUGUCGAUGCCGAUGGCGUCAAAAUCCAUUCUCCCAAGCUGGUACGGCAGGGGAGCAACGAGAGUUUCGCCUUUCUCGAGCAGUCAGUGAAUUCCGGGAACCCAUCCUUCCCUUCCUCUUACGGCAGCGCUCCUCACGAUAUGGUUGCGCAACGGCCUACGAAGCCGACGAAGAAGGCGCAGGAACCUGCGAUCGAUGCUGUGCAAGCCAAGGAUUUCGAUGAUAGGCCUGCCGUUAGCCCGGCCGUGCCCAUUGCUCAGAUUCACGGCCUGGCUGCGCGUCCGAGGUAUUCGCGUGCUACUGGUGAAGGAGAGGCUGACGAGGCCGCCGAGAUCGCCGAGAAGAGGCGCUCCAAUCCGUAUGUUACCGAUACAGAGCGGGAUCAGGAUGUCAGCCAAGCAGCAACAAUCGCAAAGCCUCCCCAUCGCGGCGUCAAGACCAACGGCGCAGAGGCCACGAGCAAGAGCUCCAAGGCCCCCGACGAUCCUCCAGACAAUAAGAAACCACCCGCAACCUACUUUCCAGAAGACUCCGACUCCGACUUCGAAGAGCACAAGCCCUUCCGCCUCGUGGACAUGCUCCGCCAGCUAACAACAUACUACGCCAGCACCCGCGACGCCCAAACCGCCGCCCACCUCCUCGUAGCCCUAACCCCGUACCUCCCACGCACGCAACCCCUCUCCCACCGCGAAGCAACAGCAACAGUAUCAGUUUACAUCGACGCCUUCCUCUCCAACGCAGCCUACACGCAGCCGGAAAUAGAGUCCCUGCUCGAAAAGAACUUCCAACCCCUCAUGAACGCCGGGCUGCAACCGCUGCAACUCGAAGCCAUCCUCGCGACUUACCACGAGCAACUCGUGCGCCGCCAGAUGCGGAACGAAGCUGCCAUGCUCCGCAGACUGGCGUACCCCAUGUACCCCUCCGUCUACGAGGACGCGGUGAAAGACAACCAUGUCCGCACGCGAUGCGGCGCUUGUCGCAAACCCGUUCUCGCCGGUUUGGAGAAGGCGCUGUGCGAGAAUUGCGGCGUGAAGCUGGUGAGAUGCACGUUCUGCGAGAGCGUCGAUAGUCCCUUUGAAGAGCGGGAAGCACAGCCUGCUACGAAGUUGAUGUCGACGUGUUUGCGCUGCAACCACGGUGGUCACGCGGCUUGUCUUCGUGCGUGGUUUGCGGAGGGCGAUGGCGGGUGUCUGAUGGAGGGAUGUCUUUGUGAUUGUGUGCAGGGGCAAUGGAGGGAGGAUAAAGCGAGGCUGAGAGUGGAGGCGGCGGCGCAGGCUGUGGCGGAGGGGGAGGGCUUGCUGCAGCAGUUGGGACUGAGAGGGCAUGAAAGGGUGCAGAGUGAUGAUUUCGCUGUGAGGGAUAGCGGGGCUGUUGAGAGGGCGAGGGGAUUGUUGCUUGGGAGGAGUGGGGAGGGGAGUGAGGCUGCUUACUGAGAUAUCCCUGUACCUUUACUUUGUCGGGCGGGGCUACGAUGAGAUGGAUGGCGGAUGAGAAACGACUGGCUGUGGCAGUGUUUGUGUGUACAAGUGAUAU